GAAUGUGGUCGCGUGUCACUCAAUAGAGCCUCCGCCGGACUAGAGACUUGCCUUUGCUCGUGAAAAGUCGAACCUUCUGCCUGGAAGGGGGUUGGGGCAGGUUAGAAAAGUGGAUGAUUCGUCGCUCUUCUCGUAGGGCCUGGCGGCGCGGGACGCUCUGAUGACCCCGGUUGGAGCCGCCGCUGAACCGAGCGGGAGCCGAGCAGAACCGCAAGAGAUGGCGUCUCAGCCGCCGCCCCCACCGAAGCCUUGGGAGACUCGGAGGAUCCCGGGGGCCGGGACAGGACCGGGGCCCGGCCCCUCCUUCCAAUCUGCUGAUUUGGGUCCUACCUUAUUGACAAGGCCAGGGCAACCAACUCUUACGAGAGUACCCCCACCGAUUCUUCCAAGACCAUCACAACAGACAGGAAACAGCAGUCUGAACACUUUUAGACCUGCUUAUACUUCCUUUUCUUCUGGAUAUGGAGCAUAUGGAAAUUCCUUUUAUGGAAGCUAUAAUCCUUACAGUUAUGGAUAUGGUGGUUUAGGGUAUAACCGGUUCCGUAUGGAUGAUCUUCCUCCCAGCAGAUUUGUCCAGCAAGCUGAAGAAAGCAGCAGAGGUGCAUUUCAGUCCAUUGAAAGUAUUGUGCAUGCAUUUGCUUCUGUCAGUAUGAUGAUGGAUGCCACCUUUUCAGCUGUAUAUAACAGUUUUAGGGCCGUUUUGGAUGUAGCCAAUCAUUUUUCCCGAUUGAAAAUACAUUUUACAAAAGUGUUUUCAGCUUUUGCGUUAGUUAGGACUAUACGGUAUCUCUACAGACGGUUACAGCAGAUGAUGGGUUUAAGAAGAGGCUCUGAGAAUGAGGAUUUAUGGGCAGAAAGUGAAGGUACUGUGGCUUGCCUUGGCCCAGAAGACAGAGCCGCUAAUUCAGCAAAAUCUUGGCCAAUAUUUUUGUUUUUUGCUGUUAUCCUUGGGGGCCCUUAUCUCAUCUGGAAACUGUUAUCCACCCACAGUGAGGAAAUAACAGCUACCACCAAUUGGGCGAGUGGUGAAGAUGAUCAUGUUGUAGCUAGAGCAGAAUAUGAUUUUGCUGCUGUUUCUGAAGAAGAAAUUUCUUUCCGGGCAGGUGAUAUGCUAAACUUGGCACCCAAAGAACAACAACCUAAAGUUCGUGGCUGGCUUCUUGCUAGCCUUGAUGGUCAAACAACAGGACUUGUACCAGCUAAUUAUGUCAAAAUUCUUGGUAAAAGAAGAGGUAGGAAAACAGUGGAAUUGAAUAAGAUUACCGAGCAGCAACGAGCUUUUACCAACUCGACCCUAAUUAGUGGAACCACUGCUGCUGACGCAUUGGAGGAGCAGGAAGCUGCCUUUGAAUCUGUUUUUGUUGAAAAUAAUAAGGUUCCUGUUACAUCUGAAUCCACUGGCAAAAGUGGAGAUAAACAAGAUCUUUGAUAUCCUUCAUAUUUACUUAAAAUUGAACUGUUUUCAAAAACACAGUUUUGAUAAUUCUAUAAAAGAAAUAACCCACAAUCUAAUGCAAACAUUUGUUUUGGCUAUUGUAGGUGUUUUUGCUGCUAGAAAAGACUUAAAGUUGUACUUUAGUAAAGCUGGUUCAGAAUGUGAUCUGGUUGCAUUCUACAGGUCAUUGGAGUAGGAAAUUUUCUUGGUCCUGGAUUAAGACUGCCAGUUUCUCAUCAAAUGUCCCAUUGUUUGUUGAAAGAGUACUUUGAUGAACUCUAGAAUGUAUUGUUAAUGGAAUGUGGAACGAUUAAUUUUUUAAGACUUCUAAACAGAUUGUCUGAGAAUCCUUAGAAAUUAGGAAAUAAUGUAUGAAAAGUUGAGAACCAGGCCAAAAAAAAAAUUUCUUGGUAUGUCUUUAAAGACCUUAAUUACCCAAAGUAGUUUAAGGGCAUGUAGCCAGAGAUGUGUCCUUUUAAGUAAGAACUCUGGAUACAAAGAACUAGAUGACUUUUAUUGCAGUCUAGUUCUGCAUUAUUUACUUUUGAUUGUAUAUUUUCCACCUUUACAGAAUAAUUUCACAUUUAUUCUUUUUUUAAAAAUAUCUUGAAAAGUUCAGUAGGAGCAUUGUAAAUAUAACUAUUUACUAGAAUGAUUUAAAGACUGGUUAUAGCACCAAAAUGUCUCCAAUAGUAGUUGCAAUUUUUUUUUUCUUUUUUGAGUCCAGUAUGUGUGUCAUUUCUUUGUGCUUAGAACCCUACAUCUUUUAAGCUCUUAAAAAUAUGGCUAUUUUUAUGGAAAGAGUCAGAGUAUAGUAGAGAUGCUUUUUCUCAAAAAAACCUGAACAUACAAGCUCUUUGAGACUGAGUGAUAUGAUUUAUCCAGUUCUAGACAUGGUGAUAAAUUAGCUUAUUCGUUAAAAUCCUGUUUCUGUCUUAAUAUGGUUACUUUUUUAAAUUUCACAUGUGGAUAAUCCUGAAAAGUAAUUUAAAAUGUUACAGGUUGUUUCCUUUAGAUUUAAGAUUUGCAGCUAACAAAGCAAAGUAGAUCACAAAAUACUAUAUUGCCAUUCAGUUAAGUAUCCUACUUGAUUUGAGUUCUUUGUUUAAAUAAUGAUUUCAAAUGCAACUAAAUUUUAGGGUGCCUAAAUAUCUUGUAGCAAAAUCUGGACCUUCUUCUAAACCAUGAUUAUAUAUGACAGUGAUUCCUUAAAGAAAAAAAAAAUUCUUUAAUACUAAGCUCAAAAUAGUAAAGAAGUUUUAAGAUGAUGUCUAAAACUGAAUUAUUUGAUAAAAUUAUGCAUUAGUAUGCUUUUACAUUUUUUCUCUAGAACUUUGUAUUCUCUGAGUACUUUUUGUUUAUAUUCUCUAAAUGAGUACUUUUAGAACAAACUCUACAAUGUGAGUAGCUUAAAUCUAAAGAAAUUUAUUAAAGGACAUCUCUGAAACUUAUUUUAAUAGACAUUGCUUAAUUAGUACUCCUGUCUGAAGAGGAAUAUGGAACAUUUUAGAAUUUUAAAAAUGUAUGAUAGAGCUAAAAAGAUGGAGAGAAAAUAAACUUCCUAGAUAUGUUAGAGAUUCAACCAAGGUAUAUAAAAAAAAUCUUUAAAUAUUAUUCUUACUGACUUUUUCCAGAUUUUGUGGUUCAUUCUUAAAUGUAAUUUAUAGGAUCCAUUCUAAAUUUCAUACCAAAAUUCUUUUUUAAAGUACAUUAGUUAUUUAAUUUGAUGUUGGGACAGCCAAAUUGACUUGAUUAAAGUGUAAAUAAAUGGUUAAAAUAAAAAUGCCCUUGGUGGUAACCAUAUUAAAUUUGAAUUUGAAGCAUUUAGUUCCUAGGCUAGGGAGUAUGGUUGCUAUUAAGAAUGAAGAAGGAAUAACAGAGCACAAAAUAAUAAAGUGGAUAAAUAUAACUUCAUCUUCCAUUGACAUAGUUCCUAUGUUCUUGAUGUUUUUAGUAUGGUAGAUUGCUAUAUAAAUUAUCGCACUGGUGAGUAUAUGUAUGUGUGCAUCCCUAUUUUACUGGAAAACCAGGAAGGGAAUUAAGAAUCUUGAAAAAGCAAAGAGUAUCUUUGAACUUUCUGUUAUCAUGACCUUUAUGAUACAAUUUUUCAGGUAGGGCUAAAUUUGUUUGCUGUUCAGGUCCCCAGUGUUUUGCUUUAUCAAUUAUUUAAUUAAGGAGUGGCUAUUUUAAAGAAACUAUUAACCAAAACAUUUUCAAGUUAAAUAAUAUGAUUCUCACAUUAUCAAUAAGCAGACAUUUAGCAUUCUCAGUUUUUCUGAUUGUAUUCUUUGACCUAUUGACUUAAAGAAAACAAAGUAAGGAUACUGUAGUGUGUUAGUCGUUAAAUGUUUUAUUUUUAGGUAUCUGAUUUAGUCUAUCACUGUGUCAUAACUCUAUAUUAACUUGGAUAAAAUUAUACUUUGUCUUUAUUAAUGAAAAAAGACAGAGAAAAUGGAUACAGUUAAAAUAUAUUUUAUUUUUAAAUGAUUGUGAAAUCACAUGUACUGUAUAAAUAAAAAUAAAUUUCGUGGAUAUUGUUUGCAGGUAACCUGAGAUUCUGUUUUUCAAUUCAGAAGCUAAUAUGAGAAGUGUUAGAGUUUUUUUAAAAGUUAAUUUUCUCAUGUCAUGCACAUCAAACUGUUUCUUUCUAAACCAUUUACAUGUUCUAUUUCUUCUGAUUUAAACAGCUCCCAAUAAAAAUAGUUUUAUGUUGUUAUAAAAGUUACAUUAAAUGUUGUAUGACUGGUAUAAAGAAGCUGGGACAGUGAAUCAGAAACCCUACACCUAGUACCAUAACAAAUAUUCAUAUGUCCUUUAGACAAGUCACUUAACCAUUUGCUUAGUUACAAAAAAAAAAAAAAAAAGGGAAAAACACAUGCCCUGCCUACCUCACAGGGUUGUUGUGAGGAUCAAAUGAGAUUGUGUGUUUAUGAAAAGCAUACUAUAGCACUUGUUAGGAUAGAAUCACAGCCAUGAUUCUGGCAGCAACAGCCCAUUUAUUGAAAUGCCAUAUAAUUAAAUGUUAGCUCAGAAAAAUGAAAGAAGAUAGGGAAGAAGUAAAAAUUUUAUAAUUUUAAAUUUUUCAUUAAGAUACUUUUGGAGCAGAGGUUCUUAAUCUAGGGUCUAUGAAACCCAUUGUCAGAGGGUUCAUUAAUUUGGGGAAAGGGGAGAAAAUUAAUCUUUAUUCUCCCUAACCUUUAAAUUGAUGUUUAAUAUCUUCAAUUUUGAACAUAGGCAACAAAUAGAUGUUACCAAACUGCCACAGCAGUCUAUGACACAAGAAUGGUUAAGAACCUCUGCUGUUGAGUGGAAAUAUAGAUGUUGGUAAUAAUUAUUAUUGUCAUGUAUGUGUAGAAUACUUUUUUACCCUCAAAAUUUAAUUAUUUCAUCAAUUAUGAGUUUUACAUAAACAUAAGUGUAUAUAUAUAUAGAGAGAGAGAGAGAGAGAGAGAGAGAGAGAGAUAGACAUUAGAUAUAAUUCUUCACAAAAUAAAAUAAAAAUACUUGUGUUCAAAUAACAGAACAAUUCAUUUAUUACAAAACUAUGAUGGGAUUUUAUGUUCAUCCAGAAAAAGAGAAAUUAAAUUUAGCUUUUCUUUCUUCCUAAAAAGGCUCUCAUACUGAUUUAUCUAAAACAGACUGAAUUGAUCCAUUUUUUCAUAUGUUAAAUCAUGGAUUGUACAUGUGCCAAAAGCUUUUUUUUUCAAAUUUUGUAUUCAGUUUUUUGAAUAUUCUUUCCUUAAGUCUCUUUUAUUUUAUGUGCUUGUCUUUUUUUUAAUCUCAUUGGAAAAGUUUUUAAAUUUUAUUUUGAAAUUUUAUUCAGUUAUUAUAGUUGAAUAAGUGUUAUUUUAUAAAAUAAGUAAAUUUGAAUGAUUAGUUUAAAGGCAUUCAAUUUGAAUAAAUGAAAUUACAAAUUAUAUUAUAACAUGUAUCUUAAGGGAAAUGUGUUAAUAGGUAUUUUACAAGUACUGUACCUGUAUCCUAAUACAGCUUGAAAGAAAGGAUUGUUGAAUGUGAAGAGAAAUGUAAAAUUUCCAGAAAUUUGAAGCAAUAGGGGAAUUUUCUUUUGGAAUGAAGAGUACAAGGACUCAAAAUUUGAAGGGAAACAUACACAAUACUUAUUUAUUAGGAUUUUUUUUCUAUCAAAAAACAUUGUUCACUAAAGAACAUAGAAGUAUAUUGUGUAGAACCUGGCUAAUUGAGAAAUAUAUCACAUUUUGAGAAUCGAGAGAUGUGAAAGAAUUUUUCCCUUUAAUUUUGGGAGCCUUCAUAGCUCUACAUAAAAACUAGUGUAAAUAAGUUCUUGGACUAGGACAUCAAUAAGCAUUUGAAAGAUCAAGUUCUUUAGAAGUAAAUGUUGAUUUUUUCUCUUUCUCUCAGGCAAUGUGUUCUAUGUACCAUCUUUUUAUGACUCUAUUGUGUCUCAACAAUACCCAACAUAAAUUGACCCAUGAAUUCUUCAGUUCAAGCUCUUCGAUUUAUUCAGAUUACUUCUUUCCUUCUGUAAGUGACCCUGGACUAAAAAAAUUUAAGAGAUUUUUGCCAUUCAUAUUUUCUUUUUCUGUUUCCAACUCCCAGAUUUUUGCCAUUCAGAGGUUCUCCUUAUACCAAAUACGUCAAUCCUUUAACAAACCCUUUGCAUAAGCUAUUUUACCUUUUUGGUUGGGUAAAAAAAAAAAAUCUAAAACUCAGAUAAUCAUCUCUUCUGAUAACUGAUUUGUAUUUUAAUCCUCAUCUUAACAUUUUACUAAAUGUCUACCCAUAUAAUCUAAUUGACAGUUGCUAAGAAUGUCAUUUUCCUUUAGAAAUUAUAAAAGGGAUCACCUUGCAACAUUGUCUUUUUACAUUCUUCCCCGUGAUGCAAUGAGUAUCCUAUAAAGGAAAAAAAAUAGCAUAUAACCUUAAUUGUGAAUAUACUGAUGCUAAUUAUAUAAAUGUGACGUUAAUACAGUGAUAAAUUUGAUAUGCACAAAUACUAGGAUAGUAUGUUUUUAGUUUCCUAAGUCAACUUGUGCUGCACUUUUGGCUUUUCACUCUUUUAUUAUGUUUUACUGGAUGUUCUAGUACACAGAUAGACAUUAAUAAAUAUUUAGGUGAAUAAGUAAAACAAAACGCAAAAUAAAAUUCUAUAUACACUUAA